GGCCAAGCGCCCCCUAACUCAACUGCGCACCCGCUGCGGUCCGGGAGCUGUCAUGGCCGCCGACGUCGCCUGGCUAUUCGAGAGCCUUCUCCGGCAGCCUCACCCAGCUUCGCCGCUCCCGCUGGCCCGCCACCCAUCGUCUCUCGUGUGCCCUGGCUGACGAAGUCAUCCGCUGCCUUGUGCCGCCGAGUCUGAAUUACAAACCAUACCACACCGCACCGCACCUUUAUAUACGGACCGCGGCUUCAUAGCAGCCAUGGCGACCCCAAAGAACCACCCGGACCCCAUGGCCUCGGACACGAGCUACGUCGAGAUGGACCGCACCGAAGACGCCACCCUCAUCGGCAAGCACUGCCAGCUCGACUACUGCAACCAGCUCGACUUCCUCCCCUUCCACUGCCAGUCCUGCAAGAAGACCUUCUGCCUCGACCACCGCACCGAGGAUGCCCACAAGUGCGAGAACCGCGGCGCCUGGGCGGAGCGCAAGCGCCAGGCCCAGCUCGCCCGCCCCUCCGCCGGCGCCGGCAAGCUCAUGCGCGACACCGUCUCUGUGAAGCCCUGCAGCGAUGACAGCUGCAAGACCGUCAUCGGCACCCCGCAGUCUACGGGGGUGCACUGCGACCGGUGUAAUCGCGACUACUGCCUCAAGCACCGGCUACAAGAGGACCACGAUUGCAAGAACAAGGUCCCCAUAGGCGCACGGCCGGGGAGGGAUCUAAAUGCCGUGCGCGAGCAGACGGCAAGCACAUUCUCAAAACUAAAGGCUCUUUACAGCGCCAAAAAGAAGGAGCAGACCAGCAAGGGCCUGUUUGGCAAGGACCGUGCUGCUCAACAAGCGGCGAACGAAGCGAUGAGAGUGCUCAAGAGAGAUGCCCAGGGAGACAAGAGAGUUGCGCCGGAAAAGCGGAUAUACCUAUACGUUGAGGCAGAGGCGGAGACAACGGUCGCCAAGAUUCCAAAAGGCAUGUUCUUCUACUCGCGAGACUGGGUAGUCGGUCGCAUGCUUGACGAGGCUGCAAGAAGCCUGCAAGUUGAAAACACCAACAAUCGAACUGCAGACGAGAAGAACCGCCUCAGAGUCUUCCACGUGGAGUCUGGAAACAUGCUGGAGUUCAACGAGAAACUCAGUCAGCAAUUGCAGACAGGAAACACGGUUGUAUUGUUACGUGGUAUUGGUCCGCCGCCAAAUCUCAUCGAAUUAUAGGCAGGGCAUUUUUAUUGUUUGAGUAAUCGUUCUGAGCGUAUAUAUAGCGGUGGCGUUGAGCAUUUUGUCCGUCCUGCUUCAAGCAUAGAAGGCUGUCACUGCCAUGGCAUACAGGAAAAUCAAAGACGCAUUCCAAUACUCUCCAAGUAGUAUCAAGGCCAUUUCGUGACCGAAUCCGCAUCACUAAGAUACCAACUGGUAUCAUAUAUGGGGCUGGUUGUUGAAGAACCAUCCAUGAUUGCAAUGUCCAUGAGGGGUUAGAGAGCGCAAAGCGGUGUUCAACACAACACGACACAUGUG